GAAAAUGAUGCUGAAGGGGUCUCUUAAGCUAAGAAAUAACCUAACCGGGCUGAACAAGAGGGGAUUUGCAAGCAUACCAAAAUCUGCAAAUAUUUAUCGCAGAAAAGGACUCGAUGUGCUGUAUAAGUGACAGAUAGCAGGAAUCAUGAGCAAAGAGACAUAUAAAGAGCUAUUUAUACCUAUUGAGGAGCAAGAGGUGUAUCAGAAUGAUCCUGAGUCUAUCCAUAAUAUGAUCUUAAAUAACAAAUAAGUACCACACUGAAUGUCAGUUUUCAAUCAAGGAUGUCCAGAAAGAGACUAUGAAGAUUGUUCUCGUGAAUAAUUGGCCUAAAAUGCAGCAUUCAAGCCUAAGCAGACAAUUUGAGCAUCUCAGGAGCAGCUAUGGAGAAGAAAGUUUGUAUUUAGGAAUCUCUAAUCAGAAAGAAGACCAGCUUGCGCGUCUAAUCCGUACAGAGGAAAUGUUUGAGAAAAACAGGCUAAUUUUGAUCCCGGAUGAUUUACUAAAUUUUGGAUUUUACUUUAAUCUUCAGAAGGAUGAAAGAGUUGUGGUUGUCAAAAAUAAUAACAGUCUGAAGAUCCAUAAAGGCUUUCUACACCCUCGUGGCUUCUUCAUGAGAACUCUUUUCUUAUGAGGCUUCAUUGGGUUUUCAGUCGUGUUAGCACAACAAUUUGAGCUUGACUCGAACCCACAACUGCAUAUGGCAAUGGACUGGACUGAAGAGAAAUUGUUUGGCAAGAAGGAAUAGAAUGUUUAGAAUCAA